GCGUCUUGCGUGCAUUUUCGUCACAUGACGACGUGUCGGUUUACAAACACUAGGCAUUCCUUUAUUUUGCCUCUAUGGUGAAGGAGAGAGGAUGGAGGGGUGGGGUGAUGGUGAACGGGAAAGAGAAGAAUGAUCAUCAGCAAGGCUCUUUGACUUGGGAAACGGAUGUGUGUGAAACUGGAACCGAUCGCUUGAGAUGUGUGUGUGACGUAUAAUUCGGUGCAGUGAGGUAGAUGUCCGGGAUAUACAGAAGCAGAACGAGAGGCCCGCGUGACUGCUGCAGGGAAGAGAGAAGAGGACAGAGGGGGGUGAGUUUGUGUGUUCCAGCGCAAAACUCCCACGGAGGCAAAAGAUGGAAAGAGGAGGAAUAGUAAAUGAAAACAGCACAAACGUACCGACGGCUCAAGGAGGAUGGACUUCCUAUCAUUUAUUUACGUUUACUUUCGACGGAUUUAAGUAAUUUCUUAACCUGAACGGUUUGCCGACCGGACCGAUUAAGAUCUGAUCAAGAGCUAUCUCUCUCAUCCUUCGGAUAGGUCCGGUCGUCGGACCUUCGUGAGGACAGAACAACUCGGGCCUUGUUUCGAUGCUUGUUCCUCGUCACCUUGACAAGAUCCAGACCCACUCACCGCCCUACACAAUACAUGUGGUUUCUCAUUACGGUAGAAACAACGGGAUAUCUGGUGCUUAUUAACGGGUGAUGCUACAGGGCUGCGGCCUCGGGGCUCCGCCCAGCGCAAUGCUAUGGACCUUAGGAGGUAGAGAUAUGGAGAGAGAGGAACGGAGGAACGGAGGAACGGAGCUGUGUGUCGUAAAUGCAUUUAGGUUCUCAAGGAUUAGCCCUAGGUAUUUUUCUUGUUUUUUUCCUUGUCUGGGGUGCAGUUUUAAUAGGACAUAAACACUCUGCUAAGCAGCUAUUGCUGUUUUCAUAUGCUAAAUAGCCCAGGCUUCUGAGUUGAGAGUUUUUGGAAACUGCACUGAGGCGCGUCAGGAUCGAACCUUGCGGAUUGCACAACGCGCUUUGUCAUCUGCCAAUUGACUACGCCGGGUCAAAGUGAAAAGGGGGGGAUUUUUUUCAAAGCAACAAACUCUCCAUCUCUCUUUCACACACACACACACACACACACACACACACACACACACACACCGCAUAUAGGCCUACACACGCACACAGACUCACCACUCUCCACACCCACCAGCCAUGCCAUCCCGGUCAGACUCCAGCAGUGUAGUGUCAGCCUCUGGCUCUAGGGGCUGGUCAGAUAGCUGCCGGGGCAUGUCUGGCCGUCAGGGUGGCGCCAAACUGCUGCUGUACCUGGGGCUGUGCCACUUGGGCCUGGGGGCCAUGGUCCUGGCCUUCUCCUUCACCAGCAUGGCCUUCACAUCCUCAGCCCGCGUACGACAGUCCUGCCCCUUCUGGGCCGGCUUCUUUGUUGUGGCAUCAGGGUUAGUUGGACUUAUCUCAUGGAGAAGACCACUCACUCUUGUGGUCUCCCUCUUCAUGCUGCUGUCUGCUGUGUGUGUCAUCCUUAGUCUGGCUGGAUCCAUGCUCUCCUGUCAGAAUGCACAGAUGGUCAAGUCUCUCCUCACCUGCCAGGUGGAGAAUGGGUUGUGUGUGUGUUGCGCUCCAACACACUCCUGCUCUAUAAACGAGGAGGAGACCCUGGUCCUCUACCUAAACGCAGACUGCCACUCUGUCAGACAUCAGCUAAAGGACCUGUUGUUCAGUGCUUGUGGUCUGAGUAUUCUCUCUACCAUCAUCUGUACUCUCUCUACUGUCACCUGUAGUAUACACAUCUUCUCCCUGGACCUAGUGCACCUGCUUGCCCCGCACCGCUCUCGCUCCGUCAACCCAGAAUGCACCACUCCUCAGGACGCCUUCCUGACCAACAUCAUGGACUUUGAGGAGUUUGUCCCGCCCAUCCCUCCGCCCCCCUACUACCCCCCUGAAUACACCUGCAGCUCUGAGACAGACGCACAGAGUAUCACCUAUAACGGGUCGAUGGAGAGUCCAGUGCCUCUGUACCCCACUGACUGUCCCCCUCCUUACGAAUUAGUGAUGGGACAGAGAGCAGCUAGCCAGGCCACGGUGUUUGACAGCCAUGGGAACGAGCUGUCAGGAGAGAGGGCCACAUCCACUGCCUUCAGCGGAGAGGGUCUGUAUUGA